AUGGCUGUGAGAGAAAAGGGAAGUGUAAAGGCGGUUUGCAAGCUAGGCUGGUAUGGGGACAAGUGUACCAAAUCUUGCUCCAACUGUUUUAACGGUUCCUGUGAACAAGCAUCAGGACACUGUGAAAGAGGCUGUAAACCAGGAUAUCAUGGUGCUAAGUGUGACAAGCUCUGUAAUACACAUUGUAGGGACAGUGUAUGUAACCAGACAUCUGGACUCUGCAGUGACUGCUUGAGGACACAUGUCAUGGACUCAACUGGAUCUCCUGAAUGUACUGAUGGGUGUGUUGAUGGGAAGAAGGGAUCUUACUGUCAGAAGCAAUGCCCAGAUCACUGCUAUAACUGCACAGAUGAUUCCUGUAUUGUGUGCGAGGAGAGUUUCCAUGGCGAUGAUUGCAGAAAGAUCUGUCCAGCUAAGUGUGAACAUGGCUGUCAGAAGGACACAGGAUUGUGUACAUCAUGUCAAGUUGGUUUUUAUGGCCCCCUGUGUCAGUCGUCCUGUGGGUACAGGUGCAAGGCAUUUGACUCCGGGGAUCAGUUCUGUAACUUCAGUGAUGGAGCUUGCUUCAAUGGUUGUAGUGACACAGUAUAUGGGAGCAGUUGUGAUCAGAAUUGUAGUAAUACCUGUAGAGAUCAGACUUGUAACGACAAAGAUGGAACCUGUACAAAUGGAUGUGUGGAUGGCUGGAAAGGUCGAAAUGCAAAACUGCAUGUCCAACUAAUUGCAAGUCAUGUACGAAACCACCUGCACUGA